AAAACACCACCGAAGAAGAAGACGACCCGGAAACGGUCAGAAGUUUAAUAGUCCCGGUUUCGUCAGCAUCGUGUUUCCCUUCCUUCCCGCACACGCUGGUCCCGCAGCAUUUUGUCCCGCAACUUCAGAGAUGGGAGAGCGCGUGAGCGAACACACCGCGCGGCUGCAGCAGCAGGAAAGAGAGAUCCAGAGUUUAUCAGCCGAGAUCGAGAGUCUAAAGAACCCGCAGAACCUGAACCUGUUGCCCCGUCUGGACGAGCUGCGCGAGGAGAACGCCAAACUGAAGUACCGCCUCAACAUCCUCAAGAGGAGUCUGCAGGAAGACGCCCCUCCCUGCAGUAAAUCCAUGACCAACAUCAACCAGCGGCUGCAGCAGGUCUUCGGCGCCGCCAUCCACACGUCCUUCCCAGAGCUGGACAACCCGCCGCUCGCCGUCACGCCCAACCAGCAAGCCAAGUUUGGAGACUACCAAUGCAACAGCGCCAUGGCGAUCGCUCAGAUGCUGAAGGCGAAGGGGCAGAAGGUGAGCCCCAGAGACAUCGCAGAGAAGAUCCUCCAGAACCUUCCAGACAACGAGCUCAUCCAGAGAACAGAGAUCGCCGGGCCAGGAUUCAUCAACAUCCACUUGAAGAAGAACUUUGUGUCCAAACUGUUGAGCAACCUGCUGGUCAACGGCGUGCAGCCGCCGCCUCUGCCGUCCAGGAAGAAGGUGGUGGUGGACUUCUCCUCGCCCAACAUUGCCAAAGAGAUGCACGUGGGUCACCUGCGCUCCACCAUCAUCGGCGACAGCAUGUGUCGACUCUUCGAGUUCCUGGGCUACGACGUCCUCAGGCUGAACCACGUCGGAGACUGGGGGACGCAGUUCGGGAUGUUGAUCGCUCACCUGCAGGACAAGUUCCCCGACUACCUGACCGUGUCUCCGCCCAUCAGCGACCUGCAGGCCUUCUACAAAGAGUCCAAGAAACGGUUUGAUGAAGACGAGGACUUCAAGAAGCGAGCGUACCAGUGUGUGGUCAGGCUGCAGAGCAAAGAACCGGACUUCAUCCGGGCCUGGAACCAGAUCUGUGACGUCUCCAGGAAAGAGUUUCAGAAAGUUUACGACUGUCUGGACGUCAAGCUGAUCGAGCGGGGCGAGUCGUACUACCAGGACCUGAUGACGGCCGUGGUGAAGGAGUUUGAGGAGAAAGGCCUGGUGGAGCUGGACGAAGGCCGGAAGAUCGUCUUCUGUCCGGGUCAGUCCAUCCCGCUCACCAUCGUCAAGUCGGACGGGGGAUACACCUACGACACCUCCGACCUGGCGGCCAUUCAUCAGCGCAUCUUCCAGGAGAAGGCUGACAUCAUCAUCUAUGUCACCGACAGCGGACAGGGUGUCCACUUCCAGGUUGUGUUCGCUGCGGCCCGGAUGAUCGGCUGGUACGACCCGCAGGUGACCCGAGUGGAGCACGCCGGCUUUGGGGUGGUUCUGGGCGAGGACAAGAAGAAGUUCAAGACGCGUUCUGGAGACACGGUGAGGCUGAUGGACCUGCUGGAGGAGGGGCUUAAGCGCUGCAAGGACAAGCUGCUGGAGAAGGAACGAGACAAGGUGCUGACGCCGCAGGAGCUCGCCAAGGCGCAGAGCGCCGUCGCCUUCGGCUGCAUCAAGUACGCCGACCUGUCCCACAACCGCAUCAACGACUACGUCUUCUCCUUCGACAAGAUGCUGGACGACCGCGGCAACACGGCGGCGUACCUGCUGUACGCCUUCACCCGCAUCAGGUCCAUCACUCGCCUGGCCAACAUCGACGAGGCGGCGCUGAGGAAGGCGGCGGAGACCACCGAGAUCCUGCUGGACCACGAGAAGGAGUGGAAGCUAGGGAAGACCAUCCUGCGCUUCCCGGAGAUCCUGCAGAAGAUCCUGGACGACCUGCUGCUCCACACGCUGUGCGACUACCUGUACGAGCUCGCCACCACCUUCACCGAGUUCUACGACAGCUGCUACUGCGUGGAGAAGGACCGGCAGACAGGUGAGGUGGUGAAGAUCAACAUGUGGAGGAUGCUCCUCUGCGAGGCCACCGCCGCCAUCAUGGCCAAAUGCUUCGACAUCCUGGGCAUCAGCCCCGUGGAGAGGAUGUGAUCCGGCCCGGAGCAGCCAGAACCAGGGGAUCUACUGGGUUCAAGAAACCGCUGGAGUACUUUAAUAAAAGUUCUGGAACCUGAAA